AUGGUCCCUGCGGUGCUGCGGGAAGAUCCCGCCUCGCGGCCCUUCUUCUGUGGUCGCUGGCCCGGACGUCGCAACGACUAUGAGGGGGAGGACACGGCCUUUGGAGUUUGUAGAAUUGAUUGCGAGCUCACCGCACUGGGCCGCCCAGCAGAGCCACCCUUGGCCGAGCCCGCCAUGGUGUCGCUCUGGCAUGCGGGAUCUCAAGAGCUGUUAGCCUCAGCCAUGGUGGGUCCAGCCUCCCGAGUGGAUGGCUUCUAUGCAUGGGAGCCAUUGAUGGAGCCCAUCAUUUUAAGGGAGGGCCAGGAAUACAGACUUUCGCAGAGAUGUCGGGCGAACAUGCCCGACCGAUGGUCGGACGAGCUCACCAACGGCGAGGAGAUGGCGGGGAAGUCCUGGGCGUCGCUGGCACGUUUCCUCGGCGGCGUGUGCCGAAGCUUGGAGGCAUCCAUCGCCGAACGCUUCCCCAACCGUUUGGAUGGAGAGCUUCGAAGACCCGGCAUCGUGAACUUCAAGGCGCUCCCGAGACCGAUGCCGGAGCCCGCGCUGGACACGGUCGACCGGGAAGACUUUGCAAAGGCCUUGGCUGUUGGACUGGCGGCAUUGCCACCGAAGUCGCUGGAAGUCGCUCAGGACGAGUUGGAGAUUCGCUUGGCCGCGCUCGCCGGGCUGCUGACCCUUUUCGUGGACGAGCUCAAUGGGGCGACGGCCAUGGCGUUGCUGGCACAUGAGGAUGAGCUUGAAAUCAUUGCUUCCAGUGCGGCUGCUUUUAGCCCCACAGGAACCUUGGAGUUGGCUGGAAGCUCUGUCUUUGAGAGCAAGGCCUUGUGCCAGGAGAUGUCCCUGGCAGCGAGGCGAAGUGGGAUGCUGGAUGCUGGACUGCUCUUGGUCUCCUUCACGGGAGAGGUCCUGGGCCUGGUGCUGAGGCCCCGCAGCCAGGGCUCCGACCCGGAGUCGCCCAUGGUCUUCGAUGUGGGGCGCCCGCUGCAGCCCUGGGAGUUGGCCAAGCAGUUGCCGGAGGGUCUGGCCUUUGCCAAGCGCAUGGGUGGGGAGGUCCUCGCGUAUGAUGUGACGCAAUUGCGGAAAGGUCGGGGUGGAGGACCUGAUCAAGUCCGAUCCUUUCAAUUUCGGAUGAUCGAGUUGCAGGACGCUUUUUUUUCACACCAACAUUGGAUGCUCGGUCAGUUUGCGCGCCUCAUUGGCAGCCUUUCUGUGACACUCACUGAUGUCCCCGAAGAUUCGCGCGUCCAACGAGCUUGCCCCGCGGCCUCGCAGGAGCUCUUCACCGACCCGGAGCGGAGCUCGUUCUCGGUGGUGACGAUUCCCACGACCUUGGCGCUGGAAGAAACCAAACGUCUCCUUCAGCAGCUGGAGGAGCAAGACAUCCGUUGUGGCCUGGUGAUUGCGAAUCGCAUCCUGGACAUGGAGCAGGUUGGUCAACGAGCAGCUAGCCAGCAGAAAACCCAGCAGGUGGCGCUGGAGGCACUGGAAGCUCUUGCCAAACGAGAAGGGAUGGAGGUGAUCCGAGUGCCUUACCUGGACCGUGAAGUCCAGGGGAUUUAUGGUUUGCAGUAUUUAGGCAAGAGCCUGGUGGACGCCUGA